CACGUGUGUUUACUAAGAGUGUGGAGAGCCGAGCUCAAAAACUAUCAUUAAUAACACUUUAUACACACUAACUGUUUGUGUGCCGGGUGAAAUAUGGGGAAGCUAAAUGUCGUGAUAUUGAGAUAUUUAUCUCGGGAUGACUUCCGAGUCCUCACAGCGGUUGAGAUGGGAAUGAAGAACCAUGAGAUUGUUCCAGUAAGUCUCCUGUCCUCCAUUGCGAGCCUCAAACACGGCGGCUGCAACAAGAUCCUCAGAGAGCUGGUGAAACACAAACUGGUGGUCUAUGAACGCACCAAGACUGUUCAGGGCUACAGGUUGAACUACGGAGGAUAUGACUACUUGGCUCUAAAGACCUUGUGCUCCAGAGAAGUGGUAUUUUCUGUUGGCAACCAGAUGGGUGUAGGAAAAGAGUCGGAUAUAUAUAUUGUGGCAGGUCCCAACGGAGACCAGUACGCUCUGAAGCUGCAUCGAUUGGGUCGCACCUCCUUCAGGAACCUAAAGAACAAGAGAGAUUAUCACCAGCACAGGAAGAACAUGUCCUGGCUCUACCUCUCCCGUCUCUCUGCUAUGAAAGAGUUUGCCUACAUGAAGGCGUUGUAUGAUCGAGGAUUUCCCGUUCCCAAACCUGUGGACUAUAACAGACAUGCUGUAGUGAUGGAGCUCAUCAAUGGAUAUCCUCUGUGUCAGGUUCACGAGCUGCAGGAUCCAUCAGCUCUGUACAGUGAGUUCAUGGAGCUCAUAGUCAAGCUGGCCAAUAAUGGCCUGAUUCAUGGAGACUUCAAUGAGUUUAACCUUAUGUUGGAUGACCAGGACCACAUAACUAUGAUCGACUUUCCUCAAAUGGUGUCUACAUCACAUCCCAAUGCUGAAUGGUACUUUGACCGAGACGUCAAAUGUAUCAGAGAUUUCUUUGCAAAGCGAUUCAAUUACGAGAGCGAACUCUUUCCAACCUUUAAAGACAUCAGGCGUUCUUAUUCUCUGGAUGUUGAAGUCUCAGCCAGCGGCUUCACCAAAGAUUUGGAGAGAGAUGCUGCACUGCUACACCCAGCUGGACCUGAGGAAGAUGAUGAAGAAGAGGAGGAUGGGGAGGAUGACGAAGAGGAAACAGAUGAUGAAGCAGAAAGAGAAGAGGAGAGUCUGGACAUGGAGGAAUAUAAACAUGCAAUGCUGGAACUGGAGGGACUGAAAGUCAGUGAAACACAUGCAGACAUUCAAGACCAGGAGGAAGAAAAGAGUGAGAACACGACAGAGGAGACUGAGACGACAUCUCCAGCGAGAGGGGAUGAAGAAACAAAAGAGUUCGAGGAAGAACUGAGGGAAGCAGAUGAUGAGUGCCCAGAGCUGACAGACCUUUCUGCCUGCAACAAAGAGUUUAAACCUUUCAGAGACGAGGACAGUCUUCUACACAUUUCAGAACACAGGAGGAAGAGGACAGACAGUGAGGGGACAGUGGGCAGCGUGGGGAGCUGCUCCACUAUACCUGCAGAGGUAGUCCGUCAGAAGGUGCGGAGGCAGCUCACCAAACAGCAGAAGGCAGCACAGAGGAGACGUCUGCAGAAAGGAGAGGCCAACUUGGUGACCAAGUCCAGGAGGGAGAACCAAAAUAACAUCAAGUCUAGCCUGGACAGUGCCUCCUUCUGGGGAUAAAUAGGACUGUCGUGACGGACAGAUGGAAUUCAUGUCAACAUGCUUUUUGUGUGGUUGACAGGCGUGCUGCAUGGUGCCUCUGCUCCUUUGUCUGGAGAGUUGUAAACAUGUGAUGAUUGAUGGGGAAAAAACAAGAGAGUGUCUGGGCAACGACUCAACUGUUUUGUACAAUCAGGAGGAAAUCAAAGAGGAAUUGCAAAACUAAGGUCACACUGAAGUGAACAGAACCAUUUGUAUUUCUUGGUGUUGCCUCCCCCACUUGGUCAAACAAAUUGUUUUUCUAUUUGAACUGCAAAAAAUAUCUUGAGUCUAAUGUAAAUAUGGACUAUUUAGUGUAAUAAAAUGCUAUGAUUAAACAGUUGAUUCACAAGUUA